AUGGCAGGAAGACACAAUCGCAAUCAAGGAAAUCAAGGGGGAAUCCAAGUGAACCACCCUGACCCAGACACAGAGGAUGAUGAGAAUGUAUUUGCGGAAUUCAUCGACGAAGCUGAUUAUGCUUCUGCUGUAGUUCCUCCUAGAACGGGAAAUGCAAAUUUCAAAAUUGAUAGUUCUAUCUAUCAGCUAUUGAAACUUGAAGGCUAUUUCCGAAAUUCCUCGGAAGAUUGUCCACUCCGACACCUGAGGAACUUCCUGCAAGUAUGCUCUCAACAAUCUCAAGGUGCUGUUCCUGCUGAUGCACUGCGGUUACGAGUUUUCAAAUAUUCCUUAGCUGACCAAGCGAGGGAAUGGUAUGAAAAGCUCCCCAGCAAUUCUAUUCAUACCUGGAACGAGUUAGCCAAUGUAUUUUUGAAAAAAUGGUUCCCACCAAGCAAAAAGGCUGAACUUCGGGACAAGAUCUUUGAAUUCAAACAACUUCCGGGGGAACAGUUAUAUGCAGCAUGGGAGCGUUUCAAAUAUUAUCUAGCUCAGUCUCCGACUCAUGGAUUUCCGGAUACAAUCCUCACAGAGAAGUUCUACAAGGGGCUAGAUACCAUGAAUCAAAUUGCUGUCAACACUGCAGCUGGGGGAUGCUUCAUGGACAAAUCAUUUGUCAACAUCACCAGGUUGCUCGACAAGCUUACUACUCACAAUCAAGCCUGGCACUCUAGUGAUAGUGAAAUCCUGUCAUAUGGUAGUCCCUCUGCUGCCGCGGUGGCCAAAGAAAAUCAUGAGCGAGAUCAUGCGUUUGCUCAAUUGCAAACCACCGUGGAUUUAUUAUCGAAAAGGCUUAUGGAGAAAGAAGCCAAAGGUGUGAAUGUUGUCGAUGAGAUGCCACCUCAUGCUCCCGGAAUGUACCAAGUCUCUGACGAAGCUUAUCUAGAGGGGCAACCACAAUAUGAGGAUGCGAAUUAUGUCAAUAACUCACAAGGAGGUUAUCAACGGCAGAACUAUCAAGGUCCUGGUAAUCACCCAUGGCAAAAGCCUCAACAACAAUUCCAAGGGAAUAAUUAUGGAAGAAAUGAUCAGGGUAAUCCCAAUCAAGGGAAUUACAACAACUAUAAUUAUGGCAACAAGAGCUCCAACCCCUACAUUCCACCUAGGGGGCAAGCAUCAAAUUCCCAACAGUGGAGAGAUAAUUCAGCUAAUAACUCUGCGGGUAACACAUCUAAUGAUUCUGCGGAACUAAAAAGUAUGAUGCAGAAAAUGCUGAUGAAUCAAGAGAGAACUGAGGGCACAAUCAAAGGCAUGGCCCAAGUUCAACUAUCUCGUUCGACCAUUCGGAAGCUUGAAGCGCAAUUUAGAGACCUCUCCGAGAGAAGUCACCGGGGUGGAAAAGUACUUCAAAGUGCUAAUAAAAAGGUGAUUGAUGCGGAACCAAUUGUUGAAAAAGAAGCACGGCCUAAUGUAUCCGAAGAUAUUGUGGAGGAAGAAGUAGGGGGAGGAAGUCCCUAUUGUAGCCGAAGAAGAAAGGAUCUUGAUAACCCCAUGGUACAAGGAGAGGAACAUGAAAAGAAGAAGGCAAAACUUUCUGGCGCUCUUCGCCCUUUGAGCCAAUUGUUCAAACCUUUACCGCCUUUUCCUCAAAGGCUAGUGAGAAAAACAGAAGAUGAGAAGUGCUUGCGAUUUUAUGAUCAACUCAAGCAGUUGACGAUGAACAUUCCUUUUAUGGAUGCUGUCCAAGAAAUGCCUGACUUUGCCAAGUAUUUGAAGGAUCUCUUAACAAAGAAGAAAAAGCCAUUGAAACACGACACUGUGGGUAUCACUCACCGCGUUAGUGCCAUUCUUUCCAAAACCACGGUCAAAAGAGGGAAGAUCCGGAGCAUUCACAAUUCCAUGCACCAUAGGGCGGCGAGAAUUUCGCCGUGGCUUUGUGUGAUAACGGGGCUAGCAUAA